UAUAUAGAAUAGUUUCACAAAUUUACGACAUCGAUAAUCGAAUGAGAUGAAAGCGUGUCGUAAAUAUGCAGACAUAUCGUUCCAAGAGGAAGUUUUGCAUCCGCUGAGCAGACAGAUGCCCCAGCUACCGGUCGCUCAGGGUCUCGCGAGCAGAACGUUGCAGCUGUUGCGGGCCGACCUCUACAUUUGCGAUGUCGCCGACCACGACGAAGGCCCGCUCACCCAACACCUGCGAUGGUGGGUGCGAGUUUUGUCCGCAGGCGAGCUCCCGGGAAAGACGAACCAUCUAUUGGCGCUUUUACGGCAAAGCACUACGAGUCUCGUCAUUGUCGUGGCGGUCAUAGUGCAGAUGAUCUACGACGCGAGCGUCACGGGGAGCAUGUUCGGCUUGCGGAUCGCCCUCGCCCUGUACACGACCCUCGUCGUCAUCGUCAUCUUCAAGUUCCGGAGACGCGGCAUCAAGGCGUGCCUCAGCCAGCUCGUUCAACUGAGCGCUACACUGGACACCCACGCACAGGCAAAGACUAAGACGCACAUGGCCGCCACCGCCCGGCGCUGCGCCAAGCUGGUGCGCUUCUACGAGGCGUACGCAUGGCUGACAGAGGUUACGGUCUUCGUGGCGCUGAUCGUCCACUGGCAGGACUCCGCGGCGGCCGGGCUGGAGCUGCUGAUUGGCACGCACCAUCAAGUCGCAACGACUAUACUGCUUUGGGCCUCUCUGGCGCUCCGGUUGUACUCGGGGGUCAGCGCCGUUCUGGCCGACUACACGUCGGUCGUCCUCAUCCUGGUCAUCUACCUCUCCAUGGCGAACAUGUACGAGGCCAUAGGCGAGGCCCUCCAGACGAGGCCCUGCAACACGCUGUUGGCGCACCAGCAGAGCGUCCUCACGCAGGCCUCCCUCAACAUGGAGGCGUCCGUGGCCGACCUGCUCUCCCAGGUCCUCAUCGUGAGCGUCGUGGUCCCGCUGCUCAGCACCGUGGAGGUGGUGCUGAACGGCCUGGAAGCGGAUAUGUUCGCCGUUGGGAUGGCACCGCUGGUGCUGUUCGUGUUCGUUCCGUUCUGCCUGGUGGGCGACGCCAUGACAUACGCCCGUCUGCGCUUCGCCGACCGGGCGGGCGCCGGCCCCUGGCUGGAGGAGACGGUGCAGAUCAGGAAGAUGCGCCUCGGCAUGGUGCAGCUGUCCCAGGGCCACGGCGGUGACCUCAGAGGCUGGGGCAUCGGGCACCUGGACAGGAAAGCUUGCGGAAGCGCGCUCAAGUCGUGGUUCCAGUUCCUGCAGGUCCUCAUGAACUUGCAGUAGUAGCGAUCCUAAACGGGGAUGUAGUCACUGUAACAACUGUACGGCUCGCUCAAGACCCAGAAGAAUGAUUAGCUAUAGCGAACAACGUAUAGUUAAUUCAGGGAGCACUAUAAAAUAUGGCUGGAUGCAACAUUAGCGGGUUGUGACAACCAAAAAUAUGGUUUCCAUUACCGUGCCGUUGUUGCCUCGACCAUAUUUCAUGGUGCACCCUGAGCAAUUUUUUGUAAUCGAGAGAGAAUUUUCAACAUUUUUAUCAGUUCAUUUUCAUCAGUGCCGGCGCAACGCCUUUCCUCACAAUGAGAUAAGGCCGUCAAAGCGAUAUCGGAACGACAUCGUUUCGACUCAACUUUGAUCAUUUCGAUAUCGGCAUGAUUGCCGUAUCUCAUGGAGCCUACGGCUGGCCCCCGCCAGCGUGAGCGUACGCUGCUCUGGGCGGGGAAUCCCUAACUCGACACAGCAUAACUAAUAGGGAUGUGAUGAGUGUUGUUCAUAUUUAUGCCUUACAGUAAAACGACUUUGGGCCACAGUCGUUUUGAUCGUUUUGACAAAGCACACUGAAAACCUGCUCUCCAUGCCUCACACCACACUAGAGGUGAGCGAAUAUGUUCGCAUUCGAACGAACUCGAACGAACAUCGAGCUGUUCGUGUUCGCUCGAACACGAACAUGAGGUGUUUGGACUCGAAAUGUUUGAGUACUACUCGAACAGAAGUUCGUCGUGGGCGAAAAAAAUUGAGGUGUGUUUCAGAAAGACGAGUCAUAUUUGGGUGUAAUUAAGGGGGCAAUGGCAGGUUAACACAUAAUUACAAUUUUAAAUGUUAAUGUAACUAUUGAAAACCAGCGUGAAUAGUUAUUUUAACUCGUAAGCAAAAACACAAAUUGUAUUAAUUGUUCGGAAUCGGAUCGAAUUUGAAUAUUACAUUGGAGAAAAAUAAGGCUGUUUGUUCGUGUUCGUUCGAAGAUUUUUAGACCAAAUUUGUUCGAGUUUGCUCAAAUUCGAGCUGGCCUGUUCGCUCAUCUCUAUACCACACCGAAAAGUAAGGUGAACAACACACAGGUCACCGUUACCUAAGUAAGG